AUGAGGAGCACGUUGAUCUCGCUGCUCGCUCUAGCUGUACUGUGCCUCUGUGCUCGGUCCUCGCCUCUACCGCUCGCCUCCUCCUACUCAUCUGGCUAUACGAUCCCUCGCGCGUCUGGCCGCACACCCUUAUCAUCGACGCUCACAUCUCUCGUUAAGCGUCGACCAGGCGGCGCAGAAGCUCUCGAGUCUAGCGCUGAGAAUGUCGUCUCGGCCACCAAGAACAAGGACUGGAAACGACCUGUAGUCAUCACCAUCUCCGGAAUCGGUCUGGCUAUGACGGUCGGAUGGAAUUACAUUGCCGCCAAAUCGUUCGUUUCGAAUCGGAAAAAAUACUACAAGGAGAAAGCAAGACUCGAACAAGAGGCGAAGAAGCCACCGCCCAAAGUGGGCGAUACUGUGUGUCUCGUCGAGACGUAUUCGACGAAUGAUCAGGUCGACGCUAGGAAGCCGAGCCAGGUCAAGGCUCCGUGUUUUGCGUUGGGUGGUCAGCCGCCGCAGCAAGCGGAGAUGGCGUCGCCAGGCGUUGAUGCGCAGAACACUGCGCCGGCGAGUUCGAGUGCUGGUUUCUCUGGAGCCAGUGUUGAUGGUGAUGGCAGCGCACGCAGGGUUGCGAACAACGAUGGCGGUGUGGUAGGUGGUCAGACAUGGACAGGUCAGCAACAGCCGCAACCACCAAUCGAUCCUCGAGAGGUAGCAGCGGCUUAUCGGUCGCACCAGCCGACCCCUGCAUCUCAAUCAGCCGCCACUACUACACCUGCUGCUGCCGCCGAUUCGUACGACAACAAUGCGGCCGCCGCCGCCGCCGCCGCUGCUGCUGCUGCUGCAGGUGGUAACAUGGCCACCGGUGAACCGCUUCACAAGCGCGGCGCUCCCAGUGAACCAGGGAUCAAAGCCAUUGAAGAGAUGGUCGAAGAAAUAACACCGCGUACGCAUUCGCCUCCUUCGGUGGGCUCGUCAUCUUCCUCUGCCGCCUCGACCGAUUCGCGCUUCCCAUCUUUCCCAUCGGAGAGAGAACACAUCCCGCUUCUGCGACUCGAGCCCAAGUCGGGUGCGCGUCCGCGUCCGCGUCCCGGCUUCGCACUCGCGCGUGCCGAGCCUUCGAUCGCGUUUGAAGACAUGCACACCACCCCCCUCGCCACACACGACGCCCUGGAACAAGAUGAGAUAAAGCUCCAUGCCAAGAACAACUUGGCAGCAAGGUGGCUAGCUCUCGCGAAAAACACCAGACAGGCGGGCGGUAAACUCUCGACCGAAGACAUCACAUUCGGUUUGACUGUGCUCAAUACGGUCGGCAACAUCCCUAGCUUGAUCUUGACGUUGAUCAACGCAUAUAGCUAUGCCGGCAACCCGAAACUUCAAUGA